AUGACUUGCGACAUAACGGCCGAGCCUCCUUCGCGCUCUUUAAAAGGAAAAGUUGCCAUUAUAACAGGUGCAGGGUGCCUGGGUGACGGAAUCGGCAAUGGUCGCGCAAUUUCAAUCCUCCUAGCGGAUGAUGGUUGUGACGUGGUUUGUUUAGAUUUGAGUUUGGAGUGGGCAGACACAACGGUCAACAUGAUAAACUCCAAGCCAGGCCGCGGACGGGCAAUUUCCUUUCAAGCAGACGUCACCUCCGAAAGCGACUGUCAAAGAGCAGUGCAGAUCGCAGUGGACAAGUUCGGUCGUCUUGACAUCCUAGUUAAUAACGUCGGCAUUGGGGGUGCUGCAGGAACCGCAGUAGAAGUGGAAAUGACUGAGUGGGCUAAAGGCAUGGAAGUGAAUGUCUCAAGUAUGGUUCAAAUGGCCAAGUUCGCAAUCCCAGCUAUGAAAAGAAACGAAGGAGAAAGCAAGGGGAGUGUCGUGAAUAUGGGUAGUGUUGCUGGAUUGAAAGGUGGCACGCCGCAUCUGCUUUAUCCAACUGCUAAAGGCGCAAUUGUCAAUAUGACGCGUGCAAUGGCUGCACAUCAUGCCACGGAUGGUAUUCGAGUCAACUGUGUUUGUCCAGGAAUGUUAUACACACCUAUGAUGUACGGCAAAGGUAUGAGUGAAGAAGCACGAGAGGCAAGACGCAAGCGCAGUUUAUUGGGUACUGAGGGGAACGGAUGGGAUUGUGCUGGUGCAGUAGCAUUCUUGGUGGGGCCCCAUGCGCGUUGGAUCACAGGUGUUAUUCUUCCGGUUGAUGCAGGUACCACCGCAGCAGUAGGCAUUGGCAUGACCAAGAGUGCUAGCGUAAAUGGAUAA